CCGACUCACAGCUACGAUGACCCACGACACUCCUCCGCCACUCAAAGACUGAGAAAAAUGGGAUCUCUGAAUCCUAUGCUUCUCAGAAGCCUAUCUCUCCUGCGCGUCCGCCUCCACCACCACCGCAUUGGCUUCGGCCUCGCCUCGGCGCCGACUCGUCGGUUCUUCUGCACCGAGUCCAUCCGUGCUGCGGAGGAGAGUAGCAGCUCAUCCUCUGCGGACAGCUCCACGCUAAGAGGCGUGCUGAGCGUGAACGAGGCUCCCAAGUAUCCCCGGUGGGACGACCCCGACUACUGCAAGUGGAAAGAUAAGGAAGGCGAGAUUCUGAGGGACGUCGAGCCUAUUGUUUUGCUCGCCAAAGAGAUUCUCCAUUCCGAUAGGUAUAUGGAUGGUGAGCAGCUGACAGAUGAAGAUGAAAAAGUUGUGGUGGAAAGGCUUCUUGCAUAUCAUCCUCAUUCCGAAGAUAAAAUUGGCAGCGGAAUCGAUUCUAUAAUGGUGGAUCGGCAUCCCCAAUUUAAACACUCAAGGUGCCUAUUUGUCAUAAGAACUAAUGGUGCAUGGAUAGACUUCUCCUACCAGAAGUGUCUCAGAGCAUAUAUCCGAGAUAAGUACCCAACCCAUGCUGAGAGAUUCAUUCGAGAACAUUUUAAACGCGGUAGUGGCUAAAGUUCAAUGCUCCUAAUCAUACUUGUUGGAGUGCAAUUUUGCUUUGGCGGUUAAAUUGAUAUGGUUUGAUGUUGGAUUUCCAUUGUGGAGAGGGAAUGUCUAUAUCGUUACAAAAUGUCAAUGUAGCAGAUAAUCUUUGACUGAAGACAUUAUCUAGGAUGAGGAUGAAAGAAAUGAUUGAACUGAAACUACACUUUCUUGA